AUCAAUAAACCAACGUAAAGUUGAAGAAGGGAAAAAAUAGAAAACCAAACUCCUUCGCCUUUUCGUUAUUUACAAAGUCGCCCUAAGUCAAAGCCCCAGUCCUCGAUGGACUUUUCAACCGCAGAGAGCGGCGGCGCGUCUCUCCCGUCAAUUGGAACAGAUGCCCAGAAGCGGCGCGUGUCGUAUUUCUACGAGCCUACAAUCGGAGACUACUACUACGGACAAGGUCAUCCCAUGAAACCUCACCGUAUCCGUAUGGCCCACAACCUUGUGGUCCAUUACUCCCUCCAUCGCCGUAUGGAGAUCAGUCGCCCUUUUCCUGCAGAUGCUUCGGACAUUCGCCGCUUUCACUCUACGGACUACGUCGAUUUUCUAGCUUCUGUCAGUCCCGAGUCACUCCAUGACCAUACACACGCUCGCCAUCUGAAGCGCUUCAAUGUCGGGGAAGACUGCCCGGUCUUCGACGGGAUUUUCAAGUUCUGCCAAGCUUCAGCCGGUGGUUCCAUCGGCGCCGCCGUGAAGCUUAACAGACAGGACGCCGAUAUAGCCAUCAACUGGGCGGGUGGCUUGCACCAUGCCAAGAAGAGUGAGGCCUCCGGCUUCUGCUACGUUAACGACAUUGUUUUAGGCAUUCUUGAGCUUCUCAAGUACCACAGGCGCGUACUAUACAUAGAUAUUGAUAUCCACCAUGGAGAUGGCGUUGAAGAGGCAUUUUUCACGACAGACAGGGUAAUGACAGUCUCUUUCCAUAAAUUUGGGGACUUCUUUCCGGGCACUGGGCACAUCAAAGACAUCGGUGUGGGUCACGGGAAAUACUAUGCUGUUAAUGCCCCAUUGAAUGAUGGAAUGGAUGACGAUAGCUUCCGUAGUUUGUUCCGUCCUAUAAUCCAAAAAGUUAUGGAGGUCUAUCAACCGGAUGCUGUUGUUCUUCAGUGUGGAGCAGAUUCGUUGGCGGGUGACAGGUUGGGGUGCUUCAACUUGUCUGUGAAAGGUCAUGCCGACUGUCUCCGAUUCCUUAGAUCCUUUAACGUUCCUUUAAUGGUUUUGGGUGGUGGAGGGUAUACUAUCCGGAAUGUUGCCCGCUGUUGGUGCUAUGAGACAGCAGUAGCGGUGGGGGUUGAGCCUGAUAAUAAACUGCCCUAUAAUGAAUACUAUGAAUAUUUUGGUCCCGAUUAUACACUUCAUGUUGAACCAAACCCUAUGGAGAAUCAGAAUUCACCACGAGAUUUGGAGAAGAUCAGGAACAUGCUGCUAGAACAAAUAUCUGAAUUGCCACAUGCACCUAGCGUACCAUUCCAGACGACACCUUCCACAAUUGGCGUACCCGAAGAGAGAGAAGAAGACAUGGAUCAAAGGCCUAACCCUCGCAUAUGGAAUGGAAAUGAUUGUUCAUCUGAAGGGGAGGAAGAUGAAAAGCCUCGCCUGCGAAGGAGUUCUGAUUCAAAUGCCACUCCCAAUGAAAACUCUAACUUGAGAGACUUCUUUGGCGAUAAAGAUAUGAUUGAUGCUGAUAGUUAGAGGGCCGCUGACAAUUGUGUGGUAGCUGAAAAAACGUUGCCAGCUGACCAUCAAGUUUGAGAAACGACAAAUAGCAGUAAUUAUUUAAGUAAAUAGGUAAAAAUGUGACCCUUGGCUGGCUCACAGAUUUAAAUAGUUUGUUAUUUUAACGAUUAUUAUUAUCUGCCUCCUAUGACUCUAGUUAGUGUCGCUGUAAUGUUAACGUUUUCACUUGAGUACGUUAGAAAAGUUUAUCGUAGUUUUUUUGCUAUGCAUUCAUACUGCCA